AGUUUGGAAAGGGCAAUGACGGCGUUCAGGGGAAUCUGGACCAAGUCUUUCUGGAGGGCAGUUUCUGCUGAGUUUCUGGCCACGCUCAUCUUUGUUCUUCUUGGCAUUGGCUCCACCAUUGGCUGGGGUGGUGUGACUGGACCUGUGGACACAGUCCUUAUCUCUCUCUGCUUUGGAUUCAGCAUUGCCACCAUGGUUCAAUGUUUUGCCCACAUCAGCGGGGGCCACAUUAAUCCCGUGGUAACUGCCGCCAUGGUCUGCACCCGGAAACUCAGCCUGGCCAAGGGAGUCUUCUACAUUCUAGCGCAGUGUCUUGGUGCCAUCGCGGGAGCAGGGAUCCUCUACCUUGUCACUCCAUCAAACGUUAGGGGUGGAUUUGGUGUCACCACGAUUAAUGAGAAUCUCUCGGCCGGCAAUGGUCUGUUGGUUGAACUGCUUAUCACAUUCCAGCUACUGUUUACCAUCUUUGCCACAUGUGACUCUAAACGUGAUGAUCUGAAGGGCUCAUCGGCACUGGCAAUUGGUCUCUCUGUCACCAUUGGACACAUGUUUGCUAUUAACUACACUGGUGCCAGUAUGAAUCCUGCGCGAUCAUUUGGACCCGCAGUUAUUACUGGGAAAUGGGAAAACCACUGGGUUUACUGGGUUGGUCCAACAAUAGGUGGAAUCAGCGCUGCUGCCCUCUAUGAGUAUCUAUUCUGUCCAGACGAGGAACUGAAGAGACGUUUUAAAGAUAUCUUCAAAUCUACACCGGCUCCUGGGGCUAAGUAUUUGGAUGUGGUGGAAAGCAGGAGCCAAGCCAUUGAAUACGAGGAUCUGGCUGUUAAACCUGGAGGCUCUCAGUUUGAGGGUGAAGGUAAAAGCAAAGAGAAGGAAGAUAAGGGUGAAGAACGUCUGACACCCGUAUGA